CUAAACUUAGCUGAAGUCGCUGCUGUGUGUCUGUCCAACCGAGAGCAGCAUGUCUGGGUAUGGGGCUUUGCCGGCCAAUGGCGCCAAUGCUGGAAUUAAAAAGGAUGCCUUUGCUGAUGCCGUACAACGAGCCAGACAGAUUGCAGCAAAAAUUGGAGGAGAUGCUGUCCCCCAAAUGAGCAACAAUGGCGGAGCUGAGGGCUAUCCAUUCUUGGCACAGAAACGAUCUCUGGAAGAUGCAGAUCAGCCAGAUGCUAAGAAGUUAGCAUCACAGAGUGAGAGAGACGCACUGUCGAUUGAAGCUCAGUUGGCUUCCCUAUCUCAGAACAGCAGUGCCAGGUCCUCUUCAAUGACUGAAGAAUUUAUGGUGCCUGAUGGCAUGGUCGGUCUCAUCAUUGGUCGAGGGGGGGAGCAGAUAAACAAGAUACAACAGGACUCUGGCUGCAAGGUCCAGAUUGCAUCUGACAGUGGAGGUCUUCCAGAGCGAUGUGUUUCCCUCACAGGAUCGGCAGAUGCCAUACAGAAAGCAAGGAUGUUCUUGGAUGAAAUAGUGUCAAGAGGUCUUGCACCCCCACCCUCGUUCCAUGAGUCAACUAAUGGGCAGGCAGGCAGCAUGCAAGAGAUGAUGAUCCCUGCAGGAAAGGCAGGCCUUGUUAUUGGCAAGGGAGGAGAGACCAUCAAACAGCUACAGGAGCGAGCUGGAGUGAAGAUGAUUCUGAUUCAAGAUUCCUCCCAGCCAUCCAACAUAGAUAAACCCCUACGCAUCAUUGGGGACCCCUACAAAGUGCAGCAAGCAAUGGAUAUGGUGAAUGAGAUUUUGCGAGAGAGGGACCAUGCUGGCUUUGGAGAGAGGAAUGAAUAUAGUUCCAGGAUGGAAGGAGGUGGUUUGGAUGUACCUGUGCCCCGCCACUCUGUAGGUGUUGUGAUUGGUCGAAGUGGAGAAAUGAUCAAGAAGAUCCAGAUGGAUGCUGGAGUCAAGAUACAGUUCAAACCAGAUGAUGGUGCAUCUCCUGAUAAGAUGGCACACAUUAUGGGUCCACCAGACCGAUGUGAACAUGCUGCCUCCAUUAUCAAUGACCUGCUACAGAGCAUUCGUGUGCGAGAGGAGGGUGGGCAGGGGGGCCCACCAGGUCCUCCUGGGAUGGGUAUGCCGCCUGGUGGCAGAGGCAGGGGGAGGGGCCCAGGAAACUGGGGUCCUCCAGGAGGAGAGAUGGCCUUCUCUAUCCCAGCUCACAAAUGUGGCCUUGUAAUUGGGAGAGGUGGCGAGAACGUCAAGUCCAUCAACCAACAGACUGGUGCGUUUGUGGAGAUAUCACGUCAGCCGCCACCCAAUGGUGACCCAAACUUCAAACUCUUCACCAUCAGGGGGUCCCCACAACAGAUUGACCACGCAAAACAACUUAUAGAGGAAAAGAUUGAGGCUCCUUUGUGUCCAGUGGGUCCCGGUCCUGGAGGUCCAAGCGGGCCAAUGGGUCCCUAUAAUCCCAACCCAUACAACGCAGGGCCUCCUGGUGGUGCUCCCCACAAUGUGCCCCCUGGUGGUCACCAGUAUGCACCUCAGAGUUGGGGAAGCUCCUAUCAGCAAUGGCAAGCACCAGCCCCACAUGAUGCCAAUAAGGCAGCAGCAGACCCCAAUGCAGCAUGGGCAGCAUACUAUACACAAUACUAUGGCCAGCAGCCAGCAGGUGCUAUGCCAGGUCAGGCUCCAGGAGCCCCAGCAGCAGGGGACCAAAGCCAGCCAGCACAGAUGCCUGCAGGGCAACCAGACUACACCAAGGCUUGGGAGGAGUACUACAAGAAGAUGGGCAUGAGUAACACACACCUUUCACAGCCCGGUGGUGCAGCACCUGCCCCAGUGGCAGCAGGAGGGGCACCUGCAGCUGGAGGCCAGCAGGACUACAGUGCAGCUUGGGCUGAGUACUAUAGACAACAGGCUGCCUACUAUGGACAGCCAGGACAGGCCCCCGGACAGGCAGCUCCUCCACAGCAGGGACAACAGGCCCAGUGAGCUUGACAUGUUCUGUCUUCUGAUUGGACGGUUUGCUGGUGGACAGUUGGCGGUCUAGACUCAAACCUCUUCUUUUAAUGAUUUUUUUUUGUUGUUUCUGUAACCAUGAAAAUCUUUGACUUUGGUCAACACAGGAGAUUUACUUGUCAAUACAAGUGAUCUCCAUUCCCUAUUAACUCCUUUUUUUAUAUAUAUAGAUAUAUAUAUAUAUAUAAUUUCAAAGUUUUUUCGGAGGGGCAGUGAUCAUCUUUUUGUCCUUUGGUUAUUUUGAUGAGUUGAGCAUAGAUAAAAGCACCAAACAAUUGCAAGGGUUAUCAUUUUAUGUGUUGUGCCUCUUCGAGGUAAUUUGAUCAGUACAUCUGUCAGUGUCAUUUUUUUGGAUUAAGUUUAUUUUCUUUUCCUUUAUGUGAAAAGGAAAAUGUAUGUCCUCACCAACUUGCACAAGUGUCUGUAUAAUACAUGGAUUUAAAUGUGAGUAGUUCGCUUUAUAUUCUGCCCUUAGAAAAUAAAGUAAACUUAGUGAUAUUUUUCACAUUACAAAAAUUGAUGUACAUUUUUUUCUGUUUUUUUUUUUCCUUUUAAAAGGCUUUGAUGUUUUUUGUUAAACCUCAAAUGCUUUAACAACAUUCCCAGUGUUUAAGUUACAGGUUUUAUCCUCCCUAAUUUUCAUCCUGCUAUUAUGAACAGGGUCACUUGUGUCUGUAUAUAGUGUAUGCUACUGGACAGAAAAAGGUUUGUGACAGCUGGCUAAGGUACUAAUUGUACACAGUUGUGCGUGUGAGUUAAGUUCUUUGGUCUAACUCUUGGCCCUCCAUUUUCUGUUCAACAUUACUGUUAAAAGUUGGUUUAUCUUGUUCCAAUACGUCAUUUUAAUUGGGUGUUUAUUUUUUUACCUAUUGUUUUAAAUACUAAAUGAAAAAAUAAAUUGCACUAGGUGUGCUGUUUUUAUUGUC